AUGGCAGAAAACACGGAGAUUGUAAGCAAAGAAGAAGAUCCUAAAGGACCCAAAAACUUAUUCUCACUGUUUCCCAAGUUCAAGCUUCAAUUUCCAUUCUUGAAGCAAGAAUCAAAAGCAGGCGUGGCUGUUGAAGAUGAACCGACGAAGGCAGUAGCUGGUGAUGAAGGACUUGAAAGUAAGACUCAGAAACCGGACACUGUGAGGUUCCCAAAAGCGCAACUUGUUGUUCCUCCUCCUGUGGCGGUUGAGAAUGAAGAGCCUUCAACUAAGACUUCCAAUCCUAUUAUACUCUGGCAGGCAUGGUUUUUUGAACUUUAUGUAUUUAUUUUUUCUGAUUUACAUGAAUUUCUGUUGGGUAUUGAGAAUAAAUGGAGGGAAUGA